CCGUCCCAAACGUCAGUCGCCGAGUGGUUGCCUGCAGCUGGACCACGCGUUUCCUCACACUCGCGCUUUCCCCUUGAGACGGUGGAUUAGGGCGGCCACUUGCCAUUUCCAUUGUGUGUUCACAUUUUUUUUCCAGUCUUUUGUUGGGUAAAAAAAUUUUUUUUUCUUAAACAUCUUUUACAAUUUGUGCUUUGGCUGAGAAAACCCCGCAGAGGUCGUUUCUGUGAGGUUUCCGGGAGCCAGGAGCGGAGACCACCGAGCCUCGAGGGUCGGUGCACACACAGCCACGGACUAAAGGAGCCCAGCGCUGAUCGCGACACCCGAUUCCUCCGAGUGUCCACCAUGAAGAAGGCCGAAAUGGGAAGGUUCAACAUUUCCCCCGAUGAGGACAGCAGCAGCUACAGUUCCAACAGUGAUUUCAACUACUCCUAUCCCACCAAGCAAGCGGCUCUGAAAAGCCAUUAUGCCGAUGUAGAUCCUGAAAACCAGAACUUUUUACUUGAGUCAAAUUUGGGGAAGAAGAAGUAUGAAACAGACUUUCAUCCAGGUACUACUUCCUUUGGAAUGUCAGUAUUUAAUCUGAGCAAUGCGAUUGUGGGCAGUGGAAUCCUUGGGCUUUCUUAUGCCAUGGCUAAUACUGGAAUUGCUCUGUUUAUAAUCCUCCUGUCAUUCGUGUCCAUAUUUUCUCUAUAUUCUGUUCAUCUCCUUUUGAAGACUGCCAACGAAGGAGGCUCUUUAUUAUAUGAACAGUUGGGACAUAAGGCAUUUGGAAUGGUUGGAAAGCUUGCAGCCUCUGGAUCAAUUACAAUGCAGAACAUUGGAGCUAUGUCAAGCUACCUCUUCAUAGUGAAAUAUGAGUUACCUUUGGUGAUCCAGGCAUUAAUGAACAUUGAAGAUAAAACUGGAGUGUGGUAUCUGAAUGGGGACUACUUGGUUCUCCUGGUGUCCGUGGUGCUCAUUCUACCUUUGUCGCUGCUGAGAAACUUAGGAUAUUUGGGAUAUACUAGUGGCCUUUCUUUGUUGUGUAUGAUGUUCUUUCUGAUUGUGGUGAUUUGCAAGAAAUUUCAGAUUCCUUGCCCUAUGGAAAUUGCUUUGUUAAUGAAUGAAACAGUAAACAGCACACUACCACCACCGACAACUUGGGUCCCUGAAGUGACAGUUAACGUGACUGAAGAUGAUUCUUGCAGGCCACAUUAUUUUAUGUUCAACUCACAGACUGUGUAUGCUGUGCCGAUUCUGACCUUCUCCUUUGUCUGCCACCCUGCCAUUCUUCCCAUUUACGAAGAGCUGAAAGACCGGAGCCGUAGAAAAAUGAUGAAUGUGUCCAAGAUUUCGUUUUUUGCUAUGUUUCUCAUGUACUUGCUCGCUGCCCUCUUUGGAUACCUGACGUUUUAUGGACACGUUGAGGCUGAAUUGCUUCACACCUACUCUACUGUCAUGGCUACAGAUAUUAUUCUUCUCAUUGUCCGUCUGGCUGUGCUGAUGGCUGUCACCCUGACGGUUCCAGUGGUGAUUUUCCCGAUCCGGAGCUCUGUUACUCAGCUGCUGUUUGCAGGGAAGGACUUCUCUUGGUGGCGCCAUAGCUUCAUCACUGUGUGUGUCCUGGCCUUCACAAACUUGCUCGUCAUCUUUGUGCCGACUAUUAGGGACAUCUUUGGUUUCAUUGGUGCAUCUGCAGCUGCUAUGUUGAUUUUCAUUCUUCCAUCUGCUUUCUAUAUCAAGUUAGUGAAAAAAGAAUCUAUGAAAUCUAUACAAAAGAUUGGGGCUUUGUUCUUCCUGCUGAGCGGCAUAGUGGUGAUGACUGGAAGCAUGGCCUUGAUCGUUUUGGAUUGGGUACACAGCACCCCUGGAGGUGGCCAUUAACUGGCACCACUCAGACUCUAGUAGUCCAUUGAUGCCAGUGUUGUCUCAACACUCAACUAACUGAAAUUUCACCCAGUUUUUCAGUUUCACUUCCUUUUGAAGUGCAGAUUCCUCGCUGGUUCUUCUGAGUACAGAAUAAGUGAACUCUCUCAAGAACUCUUCUGUCUGGUGGAAAUGGACAUCAACAGCAAAACCACGAGUCUCGGUGAAGGGAAGUGACACUUUUAUUCCAUUCCAGAGAAUGGAUGAACUCUUUAACUUUUAUCAAGCCACAUGUUUGGCUGUGUUGUUGUUUAACUUGGAUAUUUUAUGAUUUUACUUGAAUGUGCCUAAUGGAACCAUUCGAUGUGAGAAACUAUUCUUAAUUUACAGCAAAGUAUUAAAAUAACCAUUGAAAAACACUUAUUUUUUGUACCAAAAAUACUUGUAGACCUCAAAAGCACUAUUUUACUUUUUUUUUUAAUUGCUUCUUUUUUUAAAAAAAGAAAUUUUAUCCAGUUGUCAAUAAAUUCCGUAAAGCAGAUUUUCCCCCCACUGGUAUUUUAAAAAACAAGUAUUAUGAAGUGAUUAAUUUGCCUUUUUGUAGGCAUGAUAAGCCAAAUACUUUUUUAUCCAAGAUAAUUUUUAGAGAAAAGUGAUGUAAUGAAAAAUUACACUAUUAAAUAUAAACAUAGUUCUCUCCAUUCGAAACUUUGUUACUUUAAAGGAUACAUAACAGAUUGUUGCUUUACCAAAUCAAGUGAACUUUGUUCACCACUUGUCCCCCAAGUAAUCUGAUUCUUAGAGACUAAAGAGAUGUUUUUGGCUUCGAUUUAUUAGCAUAGAAGACAAUGCAGACGUUUCUGUGGGGAAUAAAUUCAAACUAAUUUUGAGGUACCAAAUCAUGCAAUUGGGUAAAACAGGGUUUAUUCAGUUGCAUCUGUCCUCCAGAGUUGUUAGGACAGCUCUGGGUCUCUUUUCUCUUUUUUGGGCCAGCCCUUUUUGGACAUUACUUCCAGUGGUGGAAAGUGGGCAUUUGGUGGCUAUAGGCCAAAACUGUUUUAUCCAGACAGUACAACUUUGAAAAUGCUCAUCGACUACUGGAAGUGUGUAAUACUUGAUAAUGUAUGGCUUAGUUGUGUUCACGUUUUAUGUGCAGCAGAGGUCUAAUCCACAGGUUACUCUGGUAUUUGGUAUAAUGCGAGUUCUCUUUGUAUAGGCCACUGGGUUUCUCAUGCAGUAAGCUUUUUAAAAACAAAACUCAUAUGCACUGGAUGGUCAUCUCAUUCUUGUACAACUUCAAAUUAUUUGUUUACAUCUAACAAAUGGUCAGCUAGGGAAAACAGUGCAAUCUGAGUGUGGCGUUGUUUUGAUCCAACUGCAUGUUCACCCUCCCAUUACAAUCCUGGUUAGAAGUGAAAACAUUACUUUUAAACUUGGCUUUAAGAGCACAUUUAUUGUACGUUACAGUGUAUGGUGAAUAUAUUAUUAAAUAAUGUGGUACUUUGCUCAUCAGGCAUAAUGUCUAAAGUUUAAUAUACAUAAUUCCAUUAGUGGUUGAGGGAAGCAAACAAUGGAAUCUUCAAUUGGUCAGCUGGGUCUCUAAGGGUAUCUCUUGAACUAAGCGGUUUUUUUGUUUUGUUUUGUUUUAGUUUUAGACUAGAGCCAGAAGUGCGGCAGACAUGGUUUAUGUUACACAUUCUUGUAUCAUAUGUGACAAAAUUACAGACAAGAUAUGUCUAAUUCAAAGACCCUUGUGGAACUGGAAGACGUCUUGUAGUGCUUACAUUGGGUGAAACCAAUGGUCCAUUUAUGUUUAUUUCUAUGGAAAUAAAGUAAUUGGGGACCAUCUGAAAAGACAGUGAGAAAGAUGGAUUCCACAGCACUGCUUUCAUUUAUUGGGCACUUAAGUGAAUUUCUGGGAUGGAAGGCCAGUUUCAUGUCACAUCUGCCAGGGAAAGCCAAGUGGCACCAGGUGUUUUUUCCUGCACUUGACCUCCUUUCAGAUGUGAGAGGAGCCUGUUCAGUGGCAAUGGAGGAGGAGUGGAGGAAGACUCCUGAUCAAAGCAGUAGGGAAGACCUCAGUCCUCUGGUUCGUUGAAGAUGUAGGGUAAAUUCCAGUGCAUGACUUUCUUGACACAGUCUUGUCUGCCCGAGGUUCCUAAACAGUGAACUCCCAUUAAUGAGCAGUCUUCAGUAUUAAAAAAAAAAAAACCACUGUCGUGUCACCUCAUUUUGCAUUACUGUCUUCCGUGGAUGUUUCAGUUACAACUGUAAUGUUAUUUAUAGAACAGCAUUAAUCCAUUAAAGCUAACCUAUUUUUCAAUAUUUAUGAUAAUCGAUGUACAUACAUUGUCUGUCCAUAUGUAUUUGUAAAUAGAUGUGUAUAAUACCAGGUUUGGGGUCUUGGGUUCAAUUGUAUAUAUUCCUGUAAGUUUCUUACCUGCAUUUUGAUGACUUCAUAUUACAUAUCAGAAUUGUCCCAAAAGUACCUGUACAGCCUUCCUUAUGAACAAAUUGACCAUUUAUGUACAAAAUUCAAGGAAAUGUUUAAUAUUUUCAGUGAAACUGGCUGAAUAUCAGCUUUUUCUUUCAAAACUUGGUGCAAGUUCAACCUCAGAAUGCUUAUUUACAUUUUAAAUAAGGCCUAAAAUUUCAAAAUGCAGUGGUUUUCAAAAUGUGAUCUAGUGAUGCAAAGCAAAUGUGAUUUAGUGACAUGAAAGACCUUUGAGAACCUGGGUGUGAUAUCUGUGUACAUAAUGUAAAUACCCCCACCUUACUGUUAGAGGCCAACAAUUCCAGUGUGGCUUGUUGGUGAGGAGUGCUACACCGUUUCAAUGAAACAGUGUAUGUUUUAACUGAACUAAAAUAAAUACAUGCUUAAUCCUGA